AUGUCUGGAAAUUCUAAGAAAUGUGAAGUUAUUGUGACAGUUCAAGUUUUCCGAUGUCCCAGACUGCAAGCACCGUCGAGGGGUUCGAUAGCAAAGUGCAGCGAUCCAGUAUACGGCACGGAGUGCACCUUCAGUUGUAAUGAGGGUUAUGAGUUACUUGGCUCACCAUCACGUGAGUGCGUUCUCCAGAACGGUCUGGCUCCUGCUUCCUGGGAUGGUACCCAACCAGUCUGCCAAGUGAAAACUUGCGAAGUUUUGCCUACCGCGCCCCUCGUCAUAAAAUCCGGCUGCAGUGCCGUGCCACCAGACACGGAACCCUAUGGUACUCUCUGCUCCUUCUACUGCCCAUAUGGCCAUGGCGGCGUGGGAGAAAGCCAGAAAAGAUGUCAGGCCGACGGAACCUGGACUAGCACCAACUUUACUUGUGGAGACUUCCAGCCGCCUACAUUUACGUAUUGCCCAUUUGACUUCAUAGUCUACGCAUCACGAGGAGGAUUUGAAGCUGAUGUCACCUGGAAUGUUACGGCGACUGAUAACGAAGGACUAUCGCCAUCAAUCAGCUGCAAUGUACAGCAAGGCAUGAUGGUAGAAGGUGACUACUCAGUCACGUGUGUCGCAAUGGAUACAUCUAGGAAUUCUGCUAGAUGCUCAUUCGAUGUAUCCGUCAAAAGUAAGGAAGUGAUGGUAUAG